AUGGACUCUACAUAUACCAUGCAACAUCCGUCGUUCGCCUACUACCCGACGGCGGAUUCGCAAUCCAGAGCGCAACAGUUCACCAGCCACCCCUCCGACAUGCACUACUAUGGUCCCGUGCAGCAGCAGUACCAGCCCCAGCAACCUCACUGCCUCCCUGAUCAGCAGCCUCUCUACUCGGCCCAGCCCGUCAUGAACAUGCACCAGAUGGCCACCACCAACGCCUUCCGGGGCGCCAUGAGCAUGACCCCCAUCGCCUCCCCCAGCCCUCCCAUCUCAAGCCCACCAUCGUUCGUCAACCACGAGUACUACAACUUCCCCUCCACCCCUCCCUUGUCCGCCACGGGCAGCUCCGUCAGCAGCCCGCCCUCCUCCAUCAACGGGGCUCUGAACACGCCCCUCAACGAUUGCUUUUCCUUUGAGAAGGUCGAGGGAGUCAAGGAGGGUUGUGAGGGUGACGUUCACGCCGAGAUCCUGGCCAACGCCGACUGGACUCGGUGUGACUCGCCCCCGAUGACGCCUGUCUUCAUCCACCCCCCUUCCCUCACCGCCAGCCAGAGUUCGGAGCUCCUGUCCACCCACAGCUCCUGCCCAUCCCUUUCCCCCUCUCCCUCCCCGGUCUCGACCAUCAUCUCCCAGUCGCAGUCGCUGCCGCUUGAGCAGUCCAGCUCCGACUUCUGCGAUCCCCGCCAGCUGACCGUGGAGGCCACCCACCCCGCCGCCCCCGCGGAACUGCCUGCCCUGCCCACCCUGUCCUGCGAUGACGAGGAGCCCAAGGUGGUCCUGGGAAGCGAGGCCGUGACCCUGCCCGUGCAUGAGAACCCGUCCCCGGCCUUCACCGGCGCGACCGAAGACCCCCUGAGCAGCCUGCCCACCUUUGACAGCUUCUCCGACCUCGACUCCGAGGACGAGUUCGUCAACCGCCUGGUCGACUUCCCCGCCACCACCGGCUCCUACUUCCUGGGUGGCAAGCGCCAACGCGUCGGCACCUACUCCCUGGAUGGCGAGGAGUUCCUGACCGAACACGGCCUGGAGGAUCUGGACGACCAGGACCUCUUGCAGUCGGGCCUGCCCUUCAGUGCGCCCGAGCUGACCCUCCCGGGGAACGCCGUCGAGUCCGACGACAUGAAGUCGAAGAAGCGCGCCACCUCGCGCAAGUCCCUCAAGAAGUCCGAGGCGGAUGCCACCCUGGCCAAGAAGGCCCACUCCCCGGCCAGCCACGGCUCCCCGUGCAGCGAUCACGGCGACGCGUCGCCCGCCGCGCACGCGUCCCUCCACGAGGGCUCCGCCGACAGCCCGGGCGAGACCCCGUCGGCGCCCGUGUCGGUCAACCGCCGCGGUCGCAAGCAGUCCCUGACGGAGGACCCGUCCAAGACCUUCGUGUGCACGCUGUGCUCGCGCCGCUUCCGCCGCCAGGAGCACCUCAAGCGCCACUACCGGUCGCUGCACACGCAGGACAAGCCCUUUGAGUGCAACGAGUGCGGCAAGAAGUUCUCGCGCAGCGACAACCUCGCGCAGCACGCGCGCACCCACGCGGGCGGCUCCAUCGUCAUGGGCGUGCUCGACCCGAACGGCGUGCCGACCUUCGAGGAGCAAGAUCCAAACGCGCUCGGCAACGUGCUAUACGAAGCGGCCAACGCCGCGGCGACCAAGUCGACGAGCGAGUCGGACGGCACCCUGUCCGACACGCCAUCGGUCGACCGCCGCGCGCACAAGAAGCGCAAGCGCGAGGAGCACGCCUAA